AUGACAAGUCAGGGUGGUCCUGAUUCGGCCGAGGAGAGAAGGUCGUCGGUUCCGCAGCAGCUAUCCUCGGAAGAGCUGGCUGCUCAAUUGCUGGACGAGCUAUUCGGUUCCGACGACGAUUCGGAUGAUGCCAUGGGGUCUGCACUGCACACAACAGGAGGCGACCUGACUUUCGGCGAAGAUGUUGCUGUGGACGAGUCUUUUCUUCAAGGGCUUCGGGAGGACCUGGAUCGGUUUAAGGACCAUGAGGUCGUGUCCAACAUCCUGGGUCAAGGCAGCGACCUGCGUGAGUUUGCACGGGAGGUGGAGGAGAAGCUGAGGCAGGUGGAGCUGGAGUCGAUUCAGGACUACAUGAAGGAGAGCGACAACCUUCUGGCACUGCACGCUCAGAUCAAGGACUGUGACCUCGUGCUCACCCACAUGGAGUCCCUCCUCGGGGGCUUCCAGGCGGAUUUAGGAGCGGUGAGUGCGGAGAUCAAGGACCUGCAGGAGCGCUCCAUGGGAAUGGCGCAGCGACUCAGGAACAGAAGGGCAGUGGAGGGGCGGUUGGGGCGGUUUGUGGAGGAGAUGGCAGUGUCGCCAGACCUGAUUGACACGGUGGCGGAAGGCGAGGCAGCAGAAGGACGGUUGGGGCGGUUUGUGGAGGAAAUGGCAGUGAGUCCGGAUCUGAUCGACACGGUGGCGGAGGGCGAGGUGGGCGAGGGGUACAUGCGUGCGCUGCAGGCGCUGAACCGCAAGCUGCACUUCGUGGCCGAGGAGCCCAGCGCUCGGUCAUCCGCUGCCAUGCGUGAUGUUCAACCCGAGCUCGACCGCCUGCGCGUGAAGGCUGUUAUCAAGGGGAGGGAGUAUCUGAUGCAGAAGAUCUAUGCUCUCCGGAAGCCCAAAACCAACAUCCACAUCCUGCAGCAGAACGUGCUCCUCAAAUACAAGUACUUGGCAGUGUUUCUCAAGGAGCAUGGGCGGGUGGUGUACACUGAAGUCAAUAACGCGUACAUAGACAUCAUGAGCAAGGUGCUCUCUCUCCACCUUCGCACCUACAUCUCGUCUCUGGAGAAGCUUCAGCUCGACAUUGUGUCACGAACAGACUUAAUCGGCGUCGAUGAUAGCAACAAGCUUGCUCAGACCAUCUUUGGCCGUGCAGGGAGGGACCUUAAGAACCGGUCGGCUGUGUUCUCAUUGGGCAGCAGAGACCAGGUGCUGAGGGAUGUGGAGGAACCGGCGAUCAUCCCACACAUUGCAGAGGCGGACAAGAACAAGCACCCCUACGAGGUGCUCUUCCGCUCGCUGCACAAGCUGCUCAUCGACACCGCCACUUCAGAGUUCCUAUUCUGCAACGAGUUCUUUGGAGACGACUCCACCUUCCAUGCUGUCUUUGCAGGUCCUUUCGCUGUGAUAGACGAGCACUUUGCAGCUGUGCUGCCCAACUGCUAUGAUGCCAUUGGGUUGCUGCUUAUGAUCAGGAUGACUCGCCAGUUCCAGGACAUCAUGAAGGCGAGGAAGGUCAACUGCUUGGACCAGUACUUUGACAAGGUGAAUCUGCUGCUGUGGCCGCGCUUCAAGCUCGUCUUUGACCUCCACUUAGGCAGCCUGCGCCAGGCCAACCCUCGCGCUCUCUGGGACCAGGACGUGCACCCGCACUACGUGGCGCGGCGCUACGCCGAGUUUGCCGCGUCGCUCAUGAAUCUCAGCACGGGGCAGGGCGACGGGCAGCUGGAGAUGAAUCUGGACCGUCUGAGGAGCGCUGUGGACCAUCUGCUGGUGGAGAUCUCGAGGCUCUUCCCCAAGCCCAAGCAGCGCACCGUGUUUCUCAUCAACAACUACGACCUCAUUCUCGCCGUGCUCAAGGAGGCGGGGGUGGAGGAGGGCAAGACUCAGCGCCACUUCGCAGAGCUGCUCAGCUCAUUCUCAACCAUCUUCGUGGAGGAGGAGCUACACGAGUACUUCAGGGGACUUGUUGACUUUGUCAAGAAGCGAACAGGCACAGGCGAUGAAACAGCAGAUGCAGUGGCGGCGCGCAGCAGCACCGGCAGCACAGCAGGGCGGCGGGUGGAUGCUGCUCCGAUCACAGCCAAGGAGGUGGAACCCCACCUCAAGGACUUUGCUGUGCGAUGGAAGGCCACCAUAGAUCUGAUCCACAAGGACAUCAUCACCAACUUCAGCAACUUUGUGUGCGGCAUGGACAUCCUGAGAGCCGCUCUCACCCAGCUGCUGCUCUACUACACGCGCCUCUCCGACUGCCUCAAGCGAGUGGAGGGUGGCGCAUCACUAAUGAAGGAUGUGGUUUCCAUACCAUCUAUCAUGUACGAGAUCCGCAAGUACAGCCUCACGUUCUAA